AAACAGAACCUCUAUUCGCAACCCAAAAUAUAGAAGAAACAGUCCCACAAGAACCAGCACCCUCGUUAAGAACUACAGAACCAGAAAAUAUAAAUAUCGUGCCAAAAGAAAACUCCACCUUAGAAAAACUUCUUGAUGAUUUAACUGAAGAAAAAGAAAAAGUUAUCACUCAAAGAAAUCCAUUAACUGGACUGAUAUAUGAAGCAAAGUUUAAAGAAAUCCUUUCUCGCUUAAAAGAAGAAAGCCAAGGAAAAUGUCGAGACCACUCAAUUCAAAUCUUAGAAGCCUCUUAUUACUUGGAACAGAUUCGAAAGGAUAUUGAUAAUGAUAAAUCAAAGAUUCAGAAAAUGAAAGAAACAUUAAAGAAUGCCUUAGGAUCCCGACGUGCAAGAAAAGUACUAAAAUGUGCUGACCGAAUUUACCAACUUCUUCAAGUCUGUGGACUGCUAUCCCUCUACUCCACAACUGCUAUUACUCUCUUAAAUUUAGAAGAAAUAAGCGAAGAAGACUUUAUGACGCUGCUGCAUCAA